UUUGGAGCAGAUGUGAAGAUGCAGACUGGGAGAUAGAUAUAAAGAAACAGGGAGACCAUAAGGAGGCAAAGACAGGAAAAGGGUUUAUGAGAAAAAUAAACCUGAGAAGGAGGGGCAUGAAAGAAGAAGAAAGAAAAAGGCUGAAAACUAGUCCUCAACAAUCUGAUUUUCCUCUCUGGACUGACCUACUGGACCCUCAGACCUGCAGCCAGCCUGGGACUGAAUGACCAGGCGGGCCAAAGGUCUGCUGGGAGCCUCCACUGGGUGACUCCUCCUUACUGAAGUAAUCAGCUGUCAAAGCGCUCCAGGCUCACCUUCGUUUCUGUUGCAGCGUGAAGCCCAGCAGAGCUUUGGAAGACCCGACUCCUGCAGCCUGGCUGUAUACGAAGGUACACAGAACGGAUUAGAUCAUGGAGAAUCAUUUCACACAGAUUUCCCGAGAUGACUUGGAAGACCUCCGAGAGGCCUUUAAUAAAAUUGAUAUUGACAACAGUGGUUACGUGAGCGACUUUGAGCUUCAGGAACUGUUCAGAGAGGCAAGCCUCCACUUGCCCGGCUACAAAGUGAGAGAAAUCGUUGAGACCUUCAUCGCUGGAGACACAAACAAAGACGAGAAKAUCAGCUUUGAUGAGUUUGUUUCAAUUUACCAAGAGCUGAAGAGUAAAGAGUUCAGUGGGACGUUCAGAAAACUCAUUUCAAGGAAAGAUGGAAUCUACUCGUUUGGAGGCACGUCAGGAGUUUCCUGUGAGGGAACACAGCACUCCUAUUCUGAUGAAGAGAAAGUAGCUUUCGCAAAGUGGAUCAGCAAAGCUUUGGCAAAAGACCCCGACUGUCAUCAUCUGCUGCCUAUAAACCCCAACGAUGAGAGCCUUUUCUCCUCCAUCCGUGACGGCAUCCUGUUAUGUAAAAUGAUCAACUUGUCUCAGGCCGACACCAUCGAUGAAAGAGUCAUCAACACAAAGAAGCUCACCACCUUCAAAAUGACCGAGAAUCUCGUCUUGGCCCUGAACUCUGCCUCAGCGAUCGGCUGCACAGUGGUGAGCAUGGACGCCCAUGAUCUGAUGGCUGGGAAACCCCAUCUGGUCCUGGGACUGCUCUGGCAGAUUAUUAAGGUCGGCCUUUUUGCUGAUAUAGAAAUCACCAGGAACGAAGGUCUGAUCUGCCUCCUGUUGGAAGGAGAGGAACUGGAUCAUCUCAUGUCUCUCUCUCCUGAGGAGCUGCUGCUGCGCUGGGUCAACUAUCACCUCAGGAAUGCAGGGACAGAAACCAUCAACAACUUCAGCGCUGAUAUAAGGGACUCGCGGGCCUACUUCUACCUUUUGGAACAAAUUGCUCCACAAGAUGAAGAUGAAUUCCAUUUGGGGGUCAGAAUUGACAAGUCUGGCCUCAACGAGUUUGAUUUGGAGCGGAGAGCCGAGCUGAUGCUGCGGGAAGCGGCCAGGUUGGACUGCAGGCAGUUUGUUUCUCCUCGCGACGUCACGACUGGAAACAGCAAACUCAACCUGGCCUUCGUGGCCAACCUGUUCAACAUGCACCCCGGUCUGCAGAAGGCUCAUAUUAACAACCUGGAGGGGGAGCACAUAGAAGCCGAGACCAGAGAGGAGAAAACAUUUCGCAACUGGAUGAACUCUCUGGGUGUCUCACCGCAUGUAAACCAUCUUUAUCGGGAUCUGUGUGACGGCAUGGUGAUUCUGCAGCUCUUAGAAAAAGUCAAAGUGCCUGUAAACUGGAAGAAAGUCAACAACCCACCUUUUUCUUUCCUGGGAGGAAACAUGAAGAAGCUGGAGAACUGUAACUAUGCUGUGAAGCUGAGCAGAGAUGUCGCAAACUUCUCUCUGGUUGGAGUUGGAGGAGAGAACCUGAAUGAAGGGAGUCAGACUCACACACUGGCUCUGGUCUGGCAGCUGAUGCGGAAGUACUCAGUUCUGGUUCUGUCAGAUUUGGGCGAUGGAGAGAAAGUUGCAGACAAGUUCAUCCUGGACUGGGUCAACUCAACUCUGAAGCAGAAACGAAAGGACACACAGAUCAGCAACUUCAAGGACAAGCUGAUCAGCACCAGUUUACCGGUGAUUGACCUGAUCGACGUCAUCGCCCCCGGCACGGUGAAGUGGGACAUGGUGAAGAGAGGAGAGCGAGGGGAGCUGAGGAACGAUGAAAAACUCAACAAUGCCAAGUACGUGAUCUCGUUGGCCCGUAAGAUUGGAGCUCGUGUCUAUGCUCUGCCUGAUGAUUUGGUGGAAGUUAAUCCAAAAAUGGUGCUGACGGUGUUUGCCUGCCUCAUGGGACAUGAUCUGAGAAAGAACAAACGCUAAAACCAACAACUGGGUGGUGCUUUUAGGAUUAUUGUUUUUUAUUUUUUGUAAUUAUUUCUCUUUGACGUGUAGCAUCAGAACAAAAAUAAUUCAAAUUGUUUUUAUUGCAUUUUUUUUAUUGUUAUAAAACAGUUGACCCAAAACCCAAAGCUUUUCAUUUUUGUAAAACCACUGCAUUUGUUUUGAUUUUUAAACUUCUAUUGGUUUUAUACCUAAUAUGUCAUUAAGAAAUCUACAGUAGCCUAUUCACUUCCUCACUAAAAUAAUACACACUUUGUCUUCUCAUAAAGUCUGUGAAUGUUGUGCUUUAAAUGUUGAUGAUAAAMUAAUAAACAAAAAA